UUAAAGCAAUUUUCAUUAGUUGUAGUGAAAUUCCAGGGGUAUGGGAGCAUUGGGAGAAAAGUUGGUGUUGCAUGGACAUGGAACGAAAAGCUCAGUCAGCCGCUAGCAGGCUUAGUAAACGUUGGUGAGGUGCGUGCGCGGGGUUAAAAUUAUUUUUUACUAUUUACGGAACGUGUUGUUUAUCAGGCUUGUAUUCCAAAAUCUCUCAGAAGAACAUGCUUCCAACAUACUAAUAGAUUUUUCGUUGGAAACCCGGAUCCACACCUCAGAAUGGAGAGGCACGGCGACACUCUGGAGAAGUCAUGUGGCAGCAGUUCACAGAGCGGCCGCAGCAGUGCAUCGACGCUCUGGCCCUUACCGUGUAGCUUGACUUCGUUGCUUAACAUGAAUUGCCGCGCGAGGGCAGAAGGCUUGGCUAGAUCAGUGUCAGCGAAAAUAAGGUACUCGGCCACAAGGGAUGACAUGGUUCCUCUGCAUCAGAGAAUGGAAGGUCGUUCUGUGUCUGUCGACGCAACUUGCGAUCAAUUGUUGCUGAGCAAGCCGUUGCACGUGGUCACUUCCGAACCAACCAUGCAUAUUGAUUACUCUCCUACCCAUAAAUGUUCCGAGGAGGAUUCUGAUCUUCACUAUGACUUUGGCUUAGUUACGCCCGAAGACGGACAAGGGCUUUCAGUCGAGUUUGCUCAAUCUAGCGAUAGUAUCUCUAAAAAAUCAUCACUGUCAGAUCAUGAGAAAAGGGGCAAAAUAUGGGCAGACAGCAAAGGGGAAUCUAGCGAUAGACCUGAGAGUGGUUGCGUCACGUCUGUGACGUCACCGGUGAUGUUCAGGGACGAUAUGAUGUCAAGCACUCUCUCUUCGCCGUCCGAUGAUGUUUUAUCUCCCACUAAUUCCACUGACCUCAAGGCAGUACGAGAAAUAUUAUCUUUUACAUCAUUUGUUGAAGGUAUCCAAGGCAUGACGUAUUCAUUGAGUGAGCUUACAGCUGUAGAUUCUGGUCUAUAUUGUGAACUAUCUGGGGCAGAUUCAGGAUUGUACACAGAUCUUGAUUCCGUUCCUGACUCCGUAAAGUUCUUUUCUAGGGAUGUGAGGCCUGACACAGAUGACAAGUCGUCGCAGAAUUGCAAUAAAAUCAACCCUGUGCAUGAGUUCAGCGAUUCGACUUCUGAUGAUGCUGAAAAGUUCGGCAAAGUAACUCCCCCCGAAGGAUUUCGUAAUGUACCUCCCAAAGCACUUGAUCCUUCCAUCUUAGAGAAUUUUCCAAAAGAUCAGCGCCGCAGGAGCUGUGACUUACCUCCUAAAAUAUAUCAGCAGCAAACCCUGCGUUGGAGCUCGCCUCCUGGUUACCGCUCAGGUCUAACUUUACCCGGAGGCUUGUGCUUGGCCCUCCUGCCUGCCAGGGCACCUACCACCGAAACAUUGUCAUUCAAGCGCCAAGUCGCAGAGCCUAUUAAAAAGCACGAAUCUCAAGUGGUGUGCUCAUCCGGAGGUUUCGGUGCUUUCAGGACCCAGCUUUGUAAGUCAAAUCGGCCCGUGACUUCAGAACCCGAAUCAGACAAGCGCGAGUUGUCUAGCCCGGCAUGUGUCACGAGCUGCAUGCUAGGAUCACCAGACCACGAGGCGUGGUCAACAGAAUGGCAGCACCAUGACCAUACAGCAAUGGGUGACUUGAGAGCUUCCUCUAGCAUCGAUGCCACGCUUGGCACCACAGCUCAUAGUUGGCACACGACCUCGACUGCUUCUUUUGACGCUGCUGCCGCCGCUACCUCUGCUGCGGCUGCUAUUCAACCUCAGCUGAUAACAGCGGCAGUGUGUGGUCAACCGGCACAGCGAGACGAAGCUAGUCUCUCAAGCAGUGAGUGCGACUCCCGGCCAUCCCCUGAAUCACAGCCUGUGUGCGACAGUCUGAAAAGGGCUCAGUUGUCGGGUCCUGAUAUUAGUGAACCUACAAUUGCAACAAUGCGAGAUGAGUGCGAGCCUUCGGUGCCUAGUUUCUCGAGGAGACGGCGGUACAAGGUCAGAGAAGGUCAAUCAAAGUCAAGUGGCGCUUCGUGUUCAAAUGUUGACACUCUUAAUGCAAAAGUGAACGAUGGGACACCAUUAAGUGCAAGUGAACAUUCUAGUGAACCUAGUUCUCCAGGGUCUAUGAGAGAUUGUGAUUCUUCAGAACCGACAAGUCCGUUAAACGCAGAAACAAAUCUUCCAAAUUCUUGGCCUGUCGCUGAAACAGAAAACGCUUCUAGCGCGUCUGGUGCGUGCAGUGUGCCUAUUUCAGUCGACGAAAAUCAUGACGAAGCUGGCAAAGUUAGUAACGCUGACGAUGACGCACAGGACGAGGAAGACGUUCCAGCAGUCGUUGAGGGAAAAUUUAAGCAUUUACUUCAAUAUAAGGAAACUGUUAGAAAAUUAUCAUACGCCGCUGAAGAUGCGUAUGACCCUAGCAUUACCACUGUUAUACAAUUAGACGAAAACGAGUUAUCUGAACCGGAAGAAGACGUAUCACUCCACGAUGAAGUCGAUCAGCACGAAUUAGAUGAAAAAUUGAAUCGUCUACAAAUUGAAACGCCUGAAAUGAAUGUUCAACAGCCGAGUGAUGAAUCUUCACGGGAUUCGUCUGCAGACCCCGUGGAGGAAGAUCUUAGUCUUCGUAUUAAGAGAUCUUCAUCUUUGAAAUGUGGCAAAACGCCCCCGGGAACUCCUGGCACCAAGAAAAUUGUCCGAUUUGCCGAUUCACUCGGCCUUGAUUUGGCGGAAUGCCGGACAUUCUUGGAGGGUGUUCCUAAUGUUCCCAAAUCCGCAUUCGGAGACUUGCGAAUUGCAAAAGCAGAGGACGAAAGCGAAAAUUCACCAAGCUCUUCACAACUGUUCCUUAGCAGCUGUAACUCCAACAGAUAUACUGCUAUAGCCCAGAAAAAAAUGCUAAUGCCACUGUUUCAGCAACCAUGUGUGCUACCUGGAUUCUUGGACAGAGUUCGUGCCAAUAAAGUUUCUCUGGAAACAAUCAGUGUUGGUGACGAUAUGAGUGUAAGGGGAUACGUUCGCGUCUUGAACUUGGACUUCCACAAGCAUGUCGUUGUGAGGUAUACUUUCGAUGGCUGGAGGAAUUUUCAUGAGGCUACCGCUUCGUACGUCCAUGGCUCGUGCGAUGGCUUCUCUGACAAGUUCUCUUUCUUAUUGUGGGGAAGCUUCUUGCAAGAGAACGGCUCACUGACCUUCUGCAUCAGGUACACAGCUGGAGGCAGCGAGUUCUGGGACAAUAAUCGGGGAUCCAACUACGUACUUCAGUGUUAUACCAACCAAAUACGGCGACAGCUACACCAGCAGGCACUUCACCAGCCUGCUGACAACAACCUGAGCCAUGGAGGAGGCAGUUACUCCAAACACUUUGGGAGUGUGUUUCAAAAUUCACCUCCGACACCGUCUGAAAAUUGGACUGGAACUUUCUUUUAAUAAUUAGUGAAUAAUCAUUUAGAAACAGCUCCUUGAAUUGUUUGAGGACUCGACGAAUGUGCUCGAUUUUUUCAUGGUAUACUCUAUAGAUGUAUAAUCCACUGUAUUCGGCGAUGUGCAAUGCGAUUGGAGGUUAAUGCAACUGGAGUUUAUGUGGAAACUGAAGCUCGAAUUAGUUUAGCCCUCAGAGCCAAUAAAUAUGCGACGUGCUAAGGAUGGAAUAAUAUGAGACUCUCGAUGUGUACAGCGAGGGAUAUGCAAUUUCGCUUCAGUGAGUCGGUUGCAAUGUCCAUGUGGCAAGACAUUAGUUAUAGUCUCGCUUUCCGUCUGUCUCGAUCGCUGUGUUAUUUCCCCUGAACUCGUUACUGCUUUUAUGUACACAUGUGUCAUUUCACAAAAAAUAUUCCUCCACAAAUUUUACACGAGAAACCUGAGUGGAAUUGCGGCAGAAAAGUCAAGCUUCUAGUAACAACGACUGCAAAUGGCACGGCAUGAUUUGCCUAUGAAUCUAUUGCGUAUCGUAAUCAUAGUCUGCAAUUUGAAAACCUCGAUGUGCAGUGGUUCUGCUUGAACGUUUCCCGUGGUCUGAGCUUAAGCGGCAGUUUACAUACACAAUGUUUUUAAAGUCGUCUCAUGACGAAUUUCUAGUCUUCGUAUCAAUUCUCGCUUGCGUUGCUGCCUAGGCUAAGAUUUGUUCGUCGUUUUGGUGGUUUUCUUGUUCAUUUUAGAGCCUCCAACUUUUUUUAUCACAGAAUUUUGGAGGCCAAUUCGAUUAAUUUUUGCAACAUACUGAAACCAAAUUCACGUCUAUUAAACCUGAUGAAUGUAUAAAUUAACCAUUAAUAAAUUACUUGCCUGUAUCAAUUCGUUCACUAUAGGAAGGUUUUUGAGAGUGCCGUAUUUUAGAUUCUAUGUCUCAAGAUAAAUUAGAUCUAGUAAAAAUAAUGAACGUAAUCCAACGAAAACUUGGAACUAGACCCCGAAGACAAGAUUCCGUGUCAUGGAACUCAUUCACGAUCUUGAAUUAUAUCCUCUAGUUUAUUUAUAGAGCUAAGCCUGUAUCGGAUUGGUUUAUUGGAAAGCGUGCCUUUCGCGCAAAGCUUGUAUUCUCGAUCUAUUUAGUUGAUAUUAUGUUGCGGUCGACUUCCCAUUCUUGAGCUUUACUAGGAGUCAUUGUUGAAAUAUAGCCAUCGACAUGUUGAUUAUAUCCUUACCAUUAGAUAGGAGAAUUUUAUCAGCUGUGAGUUGUAGAAUAAGAAACUUAGAAAGGUAAAUAACUGGUCAAGUUAUGUACGCAACUUGUACUAAAUAACGUAGAAAUAAGAAAUGAUAUUCUAGCUAACUCGCUUUAGCUCAAUCUAUUACAUUCAUGGAAUAGACAAUCCGAAGUAUGAACUGGAAUUUUGUCCCUUCUCUAAUUUUGAUUCCGAACUCUGGGCCAGAAUUUGAUGCGAGAUUCUGACGCCUGUUUGCCACCUGCACCUGUGCUUGCUUCUCGCUGUGUUUAAAAAGUUGAGCCCUGCAGCUUGUAACUAGUUACUUGUGGCUUAUUAAUGCGCAAGAAGGAAAGGGUGAAAGCUGAUUGAUUUUACGCAACUUGGUUCGAAUUAUUGUUGGAAUGUUGUUGUUGAGAUCAAGUCCCGUUAGAGGCACUCGUUAUGACGUCACUGAAAUUUAUGCUUCCAGUCCUUACCAGUGUCCUCUAUUAUUUUGGUAAUCUUAAGUCUGUAAUUUAUGUAACCCAUUAUCGCUUUGUAGUCAGAGUAAAGAACAUUUUAGGAGGUCUUCUGCAGUGUAUUUGGAGACAAGCGUUUAGGAUUUCAACGUUGCAUUAAUCCUGAUCACCCCACGACUGAGCUCACUGCGUCUGAAUGCGGGCCUCAGUUUGGGAUUAUGUUCUUGAGUAUAUAGGAUACCAUUCUCGGUCUCUUGCUGGUCGCCAGCGUCUCGUGUUAGCAACAUCGUGUGUUUAUGUUUUUUUUUCUAUUGCUCUUCACCUGCCCAUUCUUAUUCUUCGUCCCCUCUAAAAUGCUACUAAAUUUCUUGGCUCAACUGACAGCCUUCCCCUAGUUGUGAAUGAUGAAUGAUUACGAUUUUGAAAUUUUUUUCUUUGAUGUCGCUGAUUGCGACCUUCCGUCUUGAUGGUGAUGAACAUUUGUAACUUCCGGUGCGGAAUGGUUUCUUUGCCGACGCGUUAGUAAACAGUAUAGAAAACUAUUGCGGAUGAUAAAUUCUCGUACCAAUCCAUUUUUUUCUGUCCUUUAGCUGCAAAGAAAAACACUAUUGGCCUUUGAUCGUUGUAUUUACAAAUGAAUGAAUAUAUUGAUAUGUACUCUUGUUACUGAUGAAAAAUAUAUAGUUGUUCCAAUUGCUGUGAGAGUUUAUUCGAAAUGUUAAUGCAUAUUUUGAUUGCGUAUUCGUAUAUAAUAGCUCAUUAUGUGUUCGUUCUUAGAGAGUUAAUGCUAUGUAUAUAUACACUUAAACCAUAUUAGCGACGUGUAUUUUCUCAUGUGACCCUAUUUAAUUUUAAUGUGCGGUGCAUUUAAUUACGUUCUGUGUAGUGUCUGAUUAUGUAUAAAAUUAUGCAACUGUAAAAUCAUACUCGUCAUUGCAUUGCGUGUCUUGAAAUUAUUUCUGCCAACUGUAAUCGUCUUGAAAUGUACCUGUCGCUGAAACGUUUCUUGUAUUUAGGAAAAAGCAUCCUAUGUUCAAUCGUUCAUGUGCUAGUUGCACAUAGGCGUCAACUGAAAGAAAUUAAAUUUGUAUUUAUGGGUGAAAUUAACUUUAGUAUUUUCUCUUGUGGGCAUGCCUGAGGCUGCCGGAUGUUUAUGAUACUGUAGAUUUGGAGGUGAGAAAUAAAUGAAUAUCAAAGUAUAAAAAUACCUCGCUUGAAUUUCUGCCACUAUACAUCUCUGCUGCGCAGGACGUUUUCUGAAGUCGUCAGAAGUCAUACGAGAUUUUACGUUCCAAAUUGCUUCGGUUUUGUGUUCCUCACUACUGAGCUUUCGGUAUUUGACAGUGGGGUUGAGUAGUUGGAUAGGACAGGAUUCUUUUAAUUUUUUGUCGCCACUCGUGCUAGCAGCGGCAUCUCGUGGAAGUGACUUGCCUCCUAUGUUGUUCUUCACUUAUCCCUACAUCGAUCUCCGUAUUUCUGAGGUGCUGUGGUGCUUGAAAUUUUGUCAUAUUUUGCCACUUUCACUGCAAUGACCGCUGAGACCUGGCGCCACUUACUGACGAUAUCAUUUUUUUACAGCGCGAUCUCUUGACAGAGCAAUCGUGAAAUUUUUACACUAUGGCACUACUUGACAGAACGACGAACUCACAAAUGAAUAUUCGUUCUUUUUUACCAUUCAUUUUAUUUGUGAAGGUAAUAUCUUCCUGUACUGCACUAUUGGGCGCUCAAAGAAUUGUGCCGUUAUUGAGCUACGGUAAAUUCUGAGUCGUUUAAACUAUAGAUGACCAUAGUAAAUGAAGCCAUGUCAGAGAAAGAGGCCAUCCGAAAGCCUCAAUAAAUCAAUU